CGCAAAGCGAGGCCUGCUUGGACUAUCAGUACGGAAAAAUACGUUCUCCAAACUAGAGAGGAGAGAUAACGUAUGUUCUUGCUUGCCGGGUCAAAGCGCGCGCGGAUACGUUUGACGUUCAGCCGAAUCGAGUUGUGAUCUUCGGCAAAGUUUCGAUCGCGAUCGACGGGGUUGGUUCGCGUGGGGAACUCACAGUGCGGUAGAACACGUGAAUUUGGUUUUUUGUACGCAACACGUGACGCCAGCAGGUGCAUUUUGGACACUGGUUUUUGACGGAACUAGCGCAGCAGCAGCAGGUGUGUGGCAGUGGUUCAAGGGUUUUGUGUGCGGAAGGUGGCGUUGUGUCAAACGUACCUUUCAGCAAGAAAAUACCUUGUUCAACGAGGAAAACGGCAGUUUUGCGCACAACAGUGCAGGCGCACUUGUGAUGUAUGCGCAUUAUAGUGUCAAGAGGAAAAGCAUUUUCCGGGAAAAGCAGAAAUAAUUUUCCAGUUCACAAUAGUUUUCUCGCUGUGAAGAAAAUAAAAACGAAGAAUUCAACAGUGCUCAAGUGGUGCUGCCCGGAUGCCAUACCGGCGAGAGAGUCAAGUUGGGGCGGCAAAGAAAAGCCGUGGAAAUUGGAAAAUUGUUUUCGUUUGAAUUUUCUCUCCCCCACCAGCUCUACAACUGUUCUCGGAAGCACGCUGUGCCGAUUUGAAACAAAAGCUCCGACAAAAGUGAAAGAAGAAUAGUAAAAAAAAAACUCGGUGAAACGGUGGCGGAAAGGAGUAAUUUUUAAUUUCCCGCGUUUUCUCGGGGAGAGUUUUUCCGCGUGACUUGUGCUGGUGAGGCGCAGCCGGUGACGAUUUUCUGGAACCAGUUUCGGUCAAUCGUUGGACCCCUUGCUGGCUGGCACUGCUGAUUCGUGAUUCGUAAUUCAAUUAAAAAUAGGAAAAAAGAAAUAGACAGUGCGAGGUGGAUGGAAACCUGGGGCAAAACGUAUCCGGAGUUCAAAUUUUGAAUUAUCUUGGCACAGAUAACACCACCCGCUGAUAAGACAGCAACACAGAUCGAGAGAGAAAAAAGAAAACAGUGAAAAACGAUUAUAUUUUGUGAUAAAUAUUCAACCAGUGGCACUUUGGCUCGCAGCUGUAAUAGUGUAAACCGAGCGCGAAAAUAUAAUCGAGCGAAGUGAGCAAACGAGAAGAAUAUUUGCCUUUGGCAACCAACUGUGAGAGAUUUUUUUUCGGAGUCCAGCAGCAGCGGAGAGUGAGUGGUGAAAAAGAUUCACUUUGACAGCAUCCACACCGGUAGCAGAAUUUGUGCGACAAAUUGAGAAGAAGCUAAAAAAGAAGAUUUUUUUUUAAAACAUUUAACGAAGACGAAGGCGAAACUUAUUGUGACAAGUGUGCUUCCGGUUUCUUGAAAGCAGAGCCGGGGCUAGACAGCGUGAAAGACGAACGACAAAUCCGGUUCCGGGGAAUAAAAGGCAGCAGCUAACACGACGUCCAACACGAUCCAAUCCAUCAAUCCAUCCGUUCUGCUGGUCUAAUAUUGCUGGAAGGAAACCCCUCCUUCAACCACUUCGAAUCCGUAAACUACCAAACCACAACUGAGUGAGUGAGGGAGAGCAAAAAAUCGAGCUUGGCAUUACGAUAAGCCGAUUCUCCACGACAUCGUCGUUGGAGGAGGUAGAGCAAGACAAAAUCGACAAAAAGUGCGCAAUAUUUCAACCAAAUCAAUCAGCAACAGCAGCGCCAUCUGAACGAUACAAAACCAUACAGUGCAGAUAACUGGUUUGUGCUCUCGAGUGCAUCACAAAAAAAAUCUGGAAUUUCCAGCAUUUUGCACACGAUGACGAUGCCAAAUGCGAUUACACAAAAAACGACAACCGGGACGCCGGUCUAGAACACAUACAGCAUCAUCUUCAUCAAAGACUCACCACCGAGAAGGGUCUACAAGACUAAGGUCGUUGAGUUACACCCCGGGUCUAGAGUCUAGCGUCAAGUAGCAACAGAGAGUAGGACUUGUCGACUUUUGCUUUCCGACAGCAAAACAAUAGCGAGCGCAAAACGUCAAGUGCUUUUUGCUCCCCACCAACAGACAAUCGUCUUUUGCGGGCAACCUCAGCGCCCGGGCUAGUCAGGACGACCGCUUUUUCCGCUCCGUCUGUCGAACAACCAGAUAAUGAUGCCAUAAUUUAAUCAAGAAGCGCUCGCUCUCUCCCUCUCUGCAUGGGUGGGUGAUGCCAUCGACGAGGACGACAUCACCGAACUGUUUGGGACCGGCACCUGUCAGAGGAGAAGGAGGAGGAGGAGCCUCCCCCGUCCCCACCUCACGACAAACGAUAAUAGGGAAAGAUUUUCGCAAUCGAAUAAAAACGUGCCACGGCGAUGUGGAGUUCGGGAGCGCUCUCCUUCAACAUGGUCGACAGUCGGAAACGGCACACGUGAACCCUCUUGAAACGGGAGUCCUCCAGCUCCGGGAACAGGCGGAUUGUGUAAUAUAGUGAGUGAGGAAAGGAAAAAUCGUGCCACUUGCAAAUUGAAUAAAUAUCCAAUGAAAAAAGCUGCAAGAAGUCCUCAGCUACCGGUAGUACUUGUUCAGCGACUCUUCAGGUACUUGUCGUCUAGCGGAGAGAAAUCAUAUCGUCAUAAGAAUCACGAGAGCACAAGCGGAUAAAAUUAUUUCUUAUUGGAUUCCUGUUCGGGCCAAUUGACGGAGCGUAACCUCAAGAGCAGAAGCGGAAUGGGGCCGCGUCCGGGCCUCUAAUCCGGUUGACCCAGUCUUUAUGUAUGGAUCCAACAGUGCUGCCACUGUUGUCGAACUUGAUAGCACCAGCGGCAGCGGAAGUUACGGUCGUUUCAGCAGCAGUGGCGGCACAAGCCACGGCCGCAGCCAUUUUCGCCAACUCGUCGUCACCGUCGUCCGGUUUCCACGAGUUCCUGCAGAACGGUAACAGCACACUCGCGGCACUGCCCGAUCUAACCAGCAGUAGCAGUCUAAUCAGUAGCAGCUCCACCACUCUCGUUCCGCCGUUCUUCACAAGCUCUCUAGUCAACGGCAGCGGUUCGGGGUCGGAGCUAGAUCCCGGCGGCAACAAUGUGCUUACCUUCCAGACUAUCAUCAUCAGUGUGACCCUACUUGCGGUGAUCCUCGGUACGAUCAUCGGCAAUGUGCUAGUAUGCGUGGCGGUAUGCCUGGUGCGGAAGCUGCGGCGACCCUGCAACUACCUGCUCGUUUCGCUCGCCAUCUCUGAUCUCUGCGUGGCCGUCCUGGUGAUGCCACCGGCCCUCAUGUACGAGGUGCUCGAAGAAUGGAAGUUCGGCACGGUGUUCUGCGACAUCUGGGUGUCGUUCGAUGUGCUCUCCUGCACUGCUUCAAUCUUGAACCUGUGUGCCAUCUCAGUUGACCGGUACUGGGCGAUCACGAAACCGCUCGAGUACGGUGUUAAACGCACCCCGCGCCGGAUGAUCGGCUGCAUCGUGCUAGUCUGGCUCGUCGCAGCCUGCAUAUCGCUCCCACCACUCUUAAUCUUAGGCAACGAACACAUGACCAACGGCCAGCCGUCCUGCUCGGUUUGCCAGAACUUUUUCUACCAAAUCUACGCCACGCUCGGCUCCUUCUACAUCCCACUCGCCGUAAUGCUGUUCGUGUACUACCAAAUCUUCCGCGCCGCCCGCCGGAUCGUCAACGAGGAAAGGCGCGCCCAAAAACGUCUCGAGUCCGCCAUCAACGGCAGCGUCGGCACGCCCGAAAAAAAGAUCGGCCCCGGCGGAACCGUCCUCGUCGCCACUCCCCAGCACAAACGGCUCCGCUUCCAGCUGGCCAAAGAGCGCAAAGCCUCCACCACCCUCGGCAUCAUCAUGUCCGCGUUCACCAUCUGCUGGCUGCCCUUUUUCAUCCUGGCCCUCGUUCGACCCUUCCUCGGCGAAGACCACCGAACUCUGUCCUCGCUCUUUCUUUGGCUCGGUUACGCCAACUCCCUUCUGAACCCCAUCAUCUACGCCACCCUGAACCGCGACUUCCGGAAACCCUUCCAGGAGAUCCUCUUCUUUCGCUGUUCCAACUUGAACAUCAUGAUGCGGGAGGACUUUUACCACAGCCAGUACGGUGAUCCGGGCUCGCAGAGGUUGGUCAUCACCAACGACGGAGGAGCGCGGGAGAGCUUCCUGUGAGAGGAGCGGUAGAGUGUGUAGCUUAUCCAGGUUUUUAAGCGAAGAUGGCGUUCGAAUGGUGAACGUCCGAAAUGUCAGAAUCGCGCAGUAGCACCAACAUUAGAAAAAAAUGUGGCUGUCAUGCCUUUACUUUACUUACUUUUACUGCUCGUACAACCUCCGGGUCAUGAGCUGUCUCCAGAUGCGUUGCCAUCUAACUCGGUCCUGGGCUGCUACUCUCCAAUUCCGCUGCGGAACUCCCACACUUUCCAGAUCUUCCUCCACCUGGUUCAACCACCGUGCACGUUGCGCCGCGUUCCAACAGGCUCCGAAUUGAACACCAACUUCACCGGAUUGAUAGUCUGGUUCGGUUGGCGCGCAUCCAGCGCGUCCGGCAUUCUUGCGACGUGUCCGGCCCACCGGAUUCGGCCAGCCUUGGCGACUUUCCGAAUGCUUGGUUUGCCGUAGAGUUGCGCCAGCUCGCGGGCUGUCAUGCCAUGGCACACUUUUUUCGUAAUGUUGGUACCACGGCGUGAUUUUGACAUUUCGGGCGUUCGCCUUUCAAACGCCAUUUUCGCUUAAAAACCUGGAUACUGUACGUAGGUGUAGAGUUAGUAUAGAAACUAUUGCCGACGGUAUCCGACGGCUUCGACAUGAUGUUUAGCGUGUAAGUUCGGUGUGUUGUAUGUAUAUUUUGCAGUUGGGAACUUCUGCUGAAGGGAUCGCUGAGUGAUAAGAAUUUUGUCUGUUAGUUUCUUACUAAAAAAUUAAAAUCACAAGCCUAAAAUUUAGUGGCAUUUUGUAUAAAACUCUUUAGUCAGGAUGAUUCUUAUUUUCAUUGAUCAGUAUUCGCUUCUAAAAUGAGCCUUUAGAACAAACUUUGUUAUUGAGAUGUUCAGAUAAAAUGUUUAAAUAAAAAAGUAAUUUAACCCACCUUUGUGGGUGGUGCCUUCUAACUCCAUACCAAAAUUAUUUUACACACAGAAAUGCAGAAAUAAUUGACAUCAAACUUGGUUUUUAGCAUGGAACCACUACACUCAACCCCCGGUGGUUGGUCACUUUUUCGUUUGACACCUUUUCAGUUUGUACCCCGUUGGUUGGUCAAAGUCAAACUAAAAAGUGACGAACUGUCACUUUUAACACGGCGCUCACGCACACUUUCAAAACAAACGUUUGGCAGUUGUUUGGCAGUGUGCGUGAACUCCGUGUAAAAGGGGUGUCAAACUAAAAAGUGACCCCGUUCGUUUGACAACAGUUGGUGUCAAACCAUCGGGGUUUGAGUGUAGAACCAAAAAAAGGCUUCAAAAGUACAUAAAUAUCACUUGUGUGGUCAUAAGUUGAGAAAGAUCUUAAAAUGUUUUGACUAAUUUGAAAGAUCUUUCGAUUCUCGAGUAUUGUCUGAAUAAUUACGACAACAAAGUUUGACUAUUUUUAGUUUGACAAUUUUGGAGUAAGAAGAUAACAAAUUCCUUGGUUACUGUGCACCCUUGAAUAAAAGAAAACAGUAACGUCAUGUUUCGGAAACCUCAUCUGACCGAUUCUUAGCACUUGUUUACCAAGCAGUCAUUUUUUCAAGUUGAACUUUGGAUGGUUCAGAUAAUUUUCCAUGUUUUCCAACAAUUUAAACCACACAAAAAACAUAUUUCCACACCAAAGUUCCUAUUCUAAACAUAUCUGUGAGCAGAUGUUGUAAAAUGUAUAAACGCUGGAAAUUUUAAAUUUUCCCAACUUUUUUAAAUAAUAGCUCAAAUUAAUGGAAGGACUGCAGAUAUUUAAUCAAUCUAAACGGUAUUUUAUAGUGAAAUGACUCUUUUAUAAGCCCUCUUAUUGACAAAAGCAGAUUCUGUAGGUAUAAAAUUAUACAGGACAUUUUAAAAGGGGGUAUAUAGAAGCGUUGUCCCGUCACGAAAAAUGACAAUUGUUUAAUUUGCAAUAGUUCGUGAAAUCGGAUUUGCAUCAUAUUUUGGAUUCUCUUCGUACUCAAAAAACCCUUUAAAAUGCUUAUCAGAAAUCGAAAAUUGGUCAAAAGGAACCAGAGUUACGACUGACGCAAGUUUGCGUUGUCCCGUCACGCUAAUUUUUUUGUCAAGGCACGAAUUCAAAAAAGGUGCUCAUUUCUCGUGUCUAGAAGCAAAUCGUGUAACAGGCCAGUUUUUGAUCGAUCUAUACUAAAUCGACCCUCCAGAAUCCAAAUUUGCCUGUUGAUUUUCCUGAGUCUUAAAGGGAAGCGAGAUAUUCAAGAUGGCGUCUAAUAUGGCGGCAGAAUGGAAAAACCCACCAUAAAAGGAUUUUUAAGUUCACUCAACUAGUCAAAUUUAACUAAUUUGGGGUCGUUGAACUUGAAUAUGAGCCAUAUAAUACUCCAAAGUACUCAAAGAAUGUGCUAUCCAAGAUGGUGGCCAAGAUGGCGAACCUAAAAUAUUGGAUUUUUUUAUACAGAAAUGUAACAGGCAGUCAACAGGUCAAAUUUAAUUAAUUUGAAUAUUCUAAAGUCCUUAGAACAGUCUGUGCGGCAUAAUGCCGAAUACGGUGACAAAUAAAUAAAUAAGUAUUCAGGGAAUGCAAUUCAAUUUUCUAGCUUCGCCAUAUUCGCCGCCAUCUUGGAUUGCACACUCCCUGAGUACUUUGGAGUAUUAUAUGGCUCAUAUUCGAGUUCAGCGACUCCAUGUUAGUUAAAUUUGACCCGUUGAUUGCCUGUUACAACCCUGAAAAAAAACAAAUUUUCUGGCUUCGCCAUAUUGGCCGCCAUGUUGGAUUGCACAUUACCUUAGUACUUUAUAGUAUUAUAUGGCUCAUAUUCAAGUUCAGCGAUUCCAAAUUAGAUAAAUUUGAUCCGUUGAUUGCCUGUUACACAUCUGAAAAAAAAAUCAAAAUUUUCAGCUUCGCCAUAUUGGCCGCCAUCUUGGAUUGCACAUUCCCUGAGUACUUUGGAGUAUUCUAUGGCACAUAUUCAAGUUCAGCGACCCCAAAUUAGUUGAAUUUGACCCGUUGAUUGCCUGUUACACAUCUGAAAAAAAAAUCAAAUUUUCUAGCUUUGCCAUAUUGCCCGCCAUCUUGGAUUGCACAUUCUCUGAGUAUUUUGGAAUAUUCUAGAGCUCAUAUUUGAGUUCAUCAACCCUUUGUUAAAUUUGACCUGUUCAUUGUCGAUUACAUUUCUUUAUAAAAUAUCGAAUAUUAUAGCACCACCAUAAUGGCCGCCAUUUUGGAUUGCUCAUUCCCUGAAUACUUUGGAGUAUUCUAGGAGUCAUAUUCGAGCUCAGCGACCCCAAAUUAGUUAAAGUUGACUAGUCAGUAGAGAUUUUCACAAUUGCUUCAUUUCGUGACGGGACAACGCGAGCAAAACCCUCUUUUGCAAAAUGUCUGCGUUGUCCCGUCACGAAACGAAGUACCUGUCAAAUCCACAAAAUUUGACGAAAUUGGGUGAUCUAGGAAGCAAAAUCUUCGUUUUUCAUUUUAGAAACAACUGUAGAAAAGGGUUUUUCCAAAAACUUACUAGGAGAGCAGAGUUCUUCACUUUUGUGUAUAAAAAUCAAAAUGAUCCAAUUGUACGAUGUUGUCCCGUCACGCUACAUAUGUAUCUCACUUGACUCAAACUUUGUGUUUUUAAAUGUUUGCUGGAGUGAAUCUUAUAGGAAAUUUAAUGUUCUUUCCAAAUUUGUAUAAAUAUUGGUACCUUUUCCCACAGAUUUUAAAGUUAUCAGCAAAAAACUGAAAACAUAUGCGUACAAACGUUGUCCCGUCACGAAAGAAUCGGUCAUCUUGUUUUAUCAAUAAAUGAAAAUUGAAAGUUGAUAUGAAAGUUCGUCAAAUAAGGCCCAUCCAUAAAGUACGUCACGCUAAAAUCAGCAAACAUUCCCCCCCCCCCCCCAAACGUGUCCAGAUUACGAAUCAGCUUUUAUCAGUAUCCGGGUUCCGAAGCACAGCAAGUAAUUUUAAAUCUGAAAUCCUGAUGAAAAAUUGUUACAAAAGGCAUAAUUUGAAUGCAUCCUCUAGAAAUUAACUGUUUAUAGUACAUCCAGAUGUAUUUCUACAUUUCUAACUUAUUACAUGAUUUUGUGCCAGCUAUAACAAUGCUACUAAGUGUGCGGAUUCCGAAUCAUGACGUUAUAAGUUUAAAAUGUCGGUUACCUUCAACAAUUCUUACCAUUCUUAUCAGUUAACGAUUCCUCAGUGAAAACGAUCCCAACUAGUUCAAAGUAUUAAGAUCAAACCAAAAACUAAGAAAAAAACACAAUCCGCAUAUGCAUGGCAGUGCAACAAGACCCUCUAUCAACCAAAACUGAACAGAAAAAAAAGCUGAGACACACAAGGUUCUCCCAAAACGGCUAUUCAAGUUAGCAAACGAAUUGGAUCGCUCAAAGUUGAGAUUUGUGUUCGGUAAGCGAAAAAGCUAAACAAAGCAAAAAAAAACUUGUUGUAAUAUUGAUUGUUGUGUUUUGUGUACAUACGAUAUGCACUAGGGUAAGUUAGUGAAUGUUGGUAUUAUGUAAAGGCACUGCACAGCAUACGUAUGAAUCGGAGUGGAGUUGGAGAAAACAUUGCCGGGUUUUUUUCUCGAGCACACUCUUCAGAUACAAAUUAACCCAGUGUGAGAGCACAUGUUUCGAAAGUGGAAAAUUAAUAGUUCAAUGUUUGUGAUAAAUGAUGAUAAAGAAGUAUAAAUAAACUAUGUAUUGUUCAAAGCUAAGAGCCACAAAAAUGCAAUUAUGCUUACUAAGAUUGUGAAAAAGGAUAGAUGAACGCAAGUUACUAAGAGAGUUGUGUUUUUUCUAUGGAAAAGCUUAUAAGUUGAGUUAAAAAUCUGUUUAAUUUCACACUACAUUUUUCUGUUACUUGAUACCUGCGCUGAAAUCACAAAUUUACCAACUCUGGUUGUUUAAUUAAUGUUAUUAUAAUAAGUGUUUGAAUUGUUACCAAGCCAGAAUUUGUGUGAUCGAAAUGAUACUAAAAGGAACCUGAACUAGAGGAACAAAAAUACUAUGAAAACUUGUUAGAUAUUGCAAUUUUUUAAGUAAUUUUUAAAAUGCUAUUUUCAAAAUAGGAUACUUAAAGUAUUACGACGACAGCUAAGCUCUGGAAGGCUAUUAAGAAGUAGCGGAAUAAAUAUUUGUAUGAAAGCAACACCGAGUUCACCGAAAGGAGCGGGCUGUAAGAUAUUAUUUGUAACAAAAGAAGCGCAUGCAAUAUACCAAGUGUAUAGUGGAAAUUGAAUACAAGAAUUACAAUCAUUGUGAAUAAUU